GAGUAAAUCGGAUCACGGGUGGCCACUCGUCAACAUCAAAACCCACUAUAUAAACCCACUUUCUUCAUGUACCCUUAUCAUAAGGUGCAGUAUCUCACCAUAACUCACAAGCCUACUUUGCUUUCCCCUUGAAAAAUAUGCAGCCCAAGCAGUUUCGUUUCACUGUCUUCUUUCUGUUAUUGAUCAUUGGAGUUUCUGUUGGUGGCACCGCUCCUGAAAUGUCUACUGAGCCUAAUUAUGAUCAGGGACAGGGUGGCUCCUCUACUGGGGCUACUGGCCACGGUCAUGGCCCCAACUAUGAUUACAGUUGGGGCUGGGGGUCCAGUCCGGGCAGCGGAUAUGGUUAUGGUUCGGGUUCGGGACGGUCGCCAAAUGGGUUUGGUAGAGGUUUUGGGUUUGGGUCCGGGACUGGAAGCGGAUCAGGAUCAGGAUAUGGUUAUGGGUACGGAAGUGGUGGUGCACAUGGUGGUGGAUAUGGGGCUGGAAGUGGGUCCGGCAAUUCUGGCAGUGGCGGUGCUGGUGAAGGAAGCGGUGGCAGUGGUGGCUCCAGUAGCAGUCACCUGCCCGUUGAUUCCAGGUCCAGAGGUAAAGGCAACCACGGCAAAUGAUACGGAUUUGAAGUCUUGGGGUUGAUUUCUAUCUUUAUAUAAGUCUCCGCAUGGUGUGUAAGCUUAUGACUGAUAUAUAUAUAUAUGUAUUUUUAUAUGUAUUUUUAGUGGCUAACAACGUCUGCUUCUCUGGUCUGUAAAAUUUCACUUGCCUGAAGUAUUUUGUAUUCCAUAAUCCAUAACAUAUAGUAGAACGGAAUUUAGAAGAA